AUGGGGGUGCUUAUCAGGGGAUUAUCAGUGAAGGUUGAUCGGACUUCAACCUACUAUUUUGUAACGGAAGCCCUCGUAAGGAUCGUUAGUAUACCUUGCUUUGUUUCAGCUAAAGGAAACGAAAUCCGUUGCUUUUCGUGUGAUGAUUGUACCAAACAAGCGCCAACGAUUGUCGAAUGUAGCGCCAAGAAUGGGCUCGAUCUUAAUGCGUUAAGCUACAACCCAACCUACCCCGUACUGACACCGUCUACCCCUGCUUGGAACGCAAACCCCUGGGACCCUAUCCUUACGCCGCCAACCUUGCCUCCGAAUGGCAACCAGUACUAUCCGUGGGAUCCGCUACUAACGCCACCACCGGUUGUUGGUGGAGAUAAUAAUGGAGGCGCCUGGUACCCGGGUAAUCCGAUCAUCACACCGCCACCACUGUACGGCAAUGGUGGUGGUAAUCAGGUGUAUCCUUGGGAUCCUCUGCUAACCCCACCACCACUGGUCGGCGGUGGCAGUACUGCUUGGUAUCCGGGCAAUCCGAUACUAACGCCACCGACCACGUACUAUCCGUUUGGAAAGGCCAAGGGACAUCUAAAACCACAAAAGCGAUUCGUUUGUGCGACGAUUCGCAGUAAGGGAAUAGACCACCAGAAGGAGACGAUUCAUCGCCGUGGAUGUGCUGAAAUUGAAGGAUACGCUGUUGGGGUGUGCGAUCAAGGACAGAUGCCGGUCACUGAGGGUGGUUUUACGAGUUGCCGGGUUUGUGGACACUCACUCUGCAACGAGUGA